GCCAGCCAUGUGCAGAAGAACCAUGUAAAAACGAAGGAAAAUGUAGCGAUGUUGGAGGAAACGUCUCGUGUUCAUGCCUUGCAGGGUAUUAUGGGGAUAGAUGUGAACAAAAAGGUACUCAACAUGUAUACUAUUUUCUCUCGUUUGAGGGUUACAAUCAUUGGCAUAAAAUUAUAUUGUUCUAUAAUUAAUGCAUCAGAGAAAAUGCAGCAUAUUUUAUAACCGAAAUAGAUAUCGAUUUUGUUAUUUGUCCAUUUUGACAUAUAUCCAUUUUAAUUAAAAAAAAUUUCCUUUUUGUUAUUUAAAAAAAAUUCAUUAAUUGAUCCAUAAAUUAAAACUGAAUGAAAUCAAUUUAUUGAAAGUUGACGUCGCAGGAAUUUUCCGUAUUGUCCAUGCAAGAACAAUGUAUAGUCUUUCGUGCCUUUCAAGAAAAAUCAUAUUUCACAUAAGAAAAUUCUCCAAAACUCAAUACAAUUGAAAGCAAGGAAAGCAGCAAAUAAAGUGUAAAAAAAAUAAGCCAUAAUUAUACCGUAUUUCGUCAUCAUUUUCAUAAAGUCUUAAUUUAAUAUAACCCAAACCACCAUCCCCUCCCGGUACUUACUGGCCCAUCCAUUUUUACUGACUUUUGUUACCUAUUAUCUCUUCCUUUUACGGAAUGCCAAUGACUGACAUAAGAUAAUAAUUAUUUGCUUUAGAAUGCAAACAACCAUUACGCCUUGGUGUGGAAAAUGGCGAGAUACCUGACUCCCAAAUAUUAGCUUCGUCAGAAUAUGAUGCGAACCAUGGAGCAGUUAAUUCAAGACUGAACUUCCGGGCACAAGGCAGACGCCAAGGCGCUUGGUCGUCAAGACGUAAUGACCUCAACCAAUGGCUUCAAGUCAACUUCGUGCGUCAGGCUACUGUAAAUGAGAUCUUAACGCAAGGUCGCAGCAAUGCGGACCAAUGCGUGACGAGUUAUAGUGUAUCAUACAGCAACGAUGGUCUGAAUUUCUUUGCCUAUCGCGUGAAUGGAGUGGUAAAGGUAUGAAUUAAUAAACGUUUAUUCCUCGAAAUGAUAUAUACAUUUUACGGCUAGUGUGUGAGUAUGAAACGUUCAGAGAUUUUUGCAAAAAUUAAACUGUUAUCAGUAACAAAAUCACAAUUUAACAGUCAAAUUAAACUUACCUGUCAGGAUUUUCCAUACUAAAUCAACUCUUAUCGUUUCUUUAAAAAUUCAAAAAAAUGUUUUACAACUAAAAUUUUAUGUUGUUAAACGAUUUCAAGAAGUUUCGGGAAAUUGAGAUUUCAUUAGUGACUCAUCUGCGAAUUUUCCAAAUAUGUUCGCAAACAUGUCGUGGUUGAAACUUGAAAGUCAUACUUCAUCAAACGUAUGAGUCAGAAAAUAAUGUACUGUUUAAUGCCUCAGUGUAUUCGAAUAAAUAAUAUUACAAUAUGAUCAAAACCAAGGAAUCGAAGAACAUUUCAUUCUCUUCUAGCCUUCCCAUUUGCUCUAUUUUCUAGUUUGCUCUCCGACAUAUAUCUUUACUUUAGGAGUAAUUCCAUACGUAUACUUCAGUGGAAAUGUGAAAAUUUGCAUGCAUGCAUGCGGGCGCAUUUUAUCGAGUAAACACGAAUUCCAUUUCAUCAUCACAAGCUGAAUGAGGAGGAAUAUUGUGGCGUCAGCGAUAAUUUUUAUACGCAAGAAUACAAAUCGGACAUGUCAAACCGCAAUGUACCUAAAGCCUUUGGUAGCAACAACUCAGUCAGUUUAUUAUUUCCUAAAGUAAAAGAAUUUAAGUUGAUCUUUCUACUGUUCAGGUUUUCCGAGGCAACCGUGAUAGGAGCAUUGUUGUUCGUCAAAGUGUUUCUCCCGUCAUUGUUACAAAAUACAUCCGCAUUCAUCCGAAGCAAUGGCAUGGGCACAUAUCCAUGAGGGUUGGUUUCCCUGGUUGUUUGAAAGGUAAUUUAUAAGUGUACAUACAGUGGUCUCAGAAAACGUGAAAUGCAGUACCCUAGGUAUUCGAGCAUGCCCCCGUAAUUCAACAUUUUACUGGCUACACCACUGUUUUUAGGGGGCGGGUUAUACUACUUUUACACGAUCCCUAGGGGAGGGUCACAACUUUUCCAACUUAUAAAUGGGGGAGGAGGGGGUGUUGUAUUAUUUUCAUCAAGUCAUUGAAAAUCUGCACCUACCCUUCCAUCUGCUAAUUUCUGGCGAGUCCUUUCUGAGCCCAAAAGUGUUUUAUAUGUGAUAAAACACGACUACAAGUGCUUUAAAUGGCUUAAAAAACGACUCAGCUUAUAAGAGUUCAUUGGCGAAGUAAUUUUUAAAAUAAACUUUGUCUAAACCGAGAAAAUCAAAGCUAAAGUUUAUGUAAAUUAACAUGAUUUUAUAUCAUAUAUAUAACCACGACACGCUUAUGAUUUUUCUUUGUGUUUUGCUCCUGAAUUAUUAAUGAGUUUUUUAAGUAUAUAAAAGCAACGGGCUCCAUGGGGUUACCAAUAUUUUAAAUAUUUAUUCGAAUAUCUGUACUUAUCGACUCCUGACUAGUUUACAAACUUGCAAUAAGGCCACAUAAAAUAAAUUCCUUGAUUCUCAUCACUACACUUUGAAAAUGUCGAAGAGGCAGGAGGUUUAUAUUUUAUAUUUUACAUUUAUAUAAUUUAAUAUAUAUCAAUAAAUAAAAGUGUCACAAACUGAAAUAAACAUAUUUCUCCACGAACAAUGACUGGCCCUUGAACUGAAUGCGAAGUUCCGUUAAAAUGCAAUGAAAUUUCUUUCAAGGUUCUAUUUGUUUGAAAUUGGCAGUUUAAAAUGGCACUAAAAACUCAAUAUAAAAUAUAAAAAACUUAACUGUCUUGAAAUAUUUUGUCGGGCGGUACAUUAUUGUAUAACAAAAUAUAAAAAAAAUUCACGCGGCUCUUAAAAUACAGUAGGGCGGUGAUCAGCCUAGACCUAGGCCUUCUAGUCUUAUUUAUAUUUUUUAAUAUUCAGCGCUUUUUCACAUGAAAAGACUGGGACUAGGUGAUUUGGGGGCGGGGCGGAGGAAGCAAGCCUAGAAGGCCUAGUGGAUUUCCCAACAACAAGGCCAAAACUGCCCUGAAACUGCCCUGGUUGCGAAAUGCCCAAUUAUUGCGUUCUCGAACAGAAUUAUUUGCAACUUAACGGCGAAUUUAAACCGAUACAGGUAAAAUAAACUCAUUUAUAGCAUAAACUUACUAUUUUUAUUUGUAUACACGUCUAGAAAAUCGGGUUUUUUAUCAUAAAGUUCGAAGCAACACUAUUAUUUAAUAUAUGUUGACAAGGUGUAGCGAAAGCACAAAAUGAGUCCAAAUAUAUACCAAAAGUAGAAUCUUUCAUGAAAUUUUGUCUUAUACACAACUACAUUAAUAUAUAUUUUCUCAAUUUUGGCAAGAAGCAGUCUUGUGUUUGUAAAAUAUACAAAAUAAAACGGAUACAUAUAUUAUUAGCCCGUACAGUACUGUAUAAAAAAACGUACAUUAUUUUGUUUACAAAUGGUAUAUACAAAUAAAAAUAGUAAGUUUAUACUAUAAAUGAGUUUAUUUUACCUGUAUCGGUUUAAAUUCGCUGUUAAGUUGCAAAUAAUUCUGUUUGAGAACGCAACGAUUGGGCAUUUCGCAAUCAGGGCAGUUUCAGGGCAGUUUUGGCCUUGUUGUUGGGAAAUCCACUAGGCCUUCUAUUUUUUCGCUUGCGUCAGGCUUGUGUCCUUCCUCCGCCCCGCCCCCAAAUCACCUAGUCCCAGUCUUUUCAUGUGAAAAAGCGCUGAAUAUUAAAAAAAUAUAAAUAAAAAUAGAAGGCCUAGGUCUAGGCUGGGCGGUGAUGAGAAUCAAGGAAUUUAUUUUAUGUGGCCUAAUGUGAAAUCGACAACUUUCAUUGUAUUUUUAAGUAUUACAUGUAUGUGUCAAUCAUCGUUGUUAAUUAUUGCAAAAUGCAAAGUGGGCGGAAGGCGCUUUUGACAACAUUUUCAUCAGACCUACGUUUCGCCCUUUCCGUCGACGAAUUUUAGGGCGGGUGAAACGUAGGUCUGUUAUAAGGCUAAUAUAACCCAAACCCCCAUCCCUUCCCGGUACUUACUGGCCCAUCCAUUUUUACUGACUUUUAUUACCUAUUAUCUCUUCCUUUUACGGAAUGCCAAUGACUGACAUAAGAUAAUAAUUAUUUGCUUUAGAAUGCAAACAACCGUUACGCCUUGGUGUGGAAAAUGGCGAGAUACCUGACUCCCAAAUAUCAGCUUCGUCAGAAUAUGAUGCGAACCAUGGAGCUAUUAACUCAAGACUGAACUUCUAGGCUCAAGGCAAACGUCAAGGGGCUUGGUCUGCAAGACGUAAUGAUCUCAACCAAUGGCUUCAAGUCAAUUUCGUACUUCAGGCUACUGUAACUGAGAUCUUAACGCAAGGUCGCAGCAAUGCGGACCAAUGGGUGACGAGUUAUACUGUAUCAUACAGCAACGAUGGUCUGAAUUUCUUUGCCUAUCGCGUGAAUGGAGUGGUCAAGGUAUGAAUUAAUAAACGUUUAUUCCUCGAAAUGAUAUAUACAUUUUACGGCUAGUGUGUGAGUAUGAAACGUUCAGAGAUUUUUGCAAAAAUUAAACUGUUAUCAGUAACAAAAUCACAAUUUAACAGUCAAAAUAAACUUACCUGUCAGGAUUUCCCAUAUAAAUCAACUCUUAUCGUUUCUUUAAAAAUUCAAAAAAAUGUUUUACAACUAAAAUUGUAUGUUGUUAAACGAUUUCAAGAAGUUUCGGGAAAUUGAGAUUUCAUUAGUGACUCAUCUGCGAAUUUUCCAAAUAUGUUCGCAAACAUGUCGUGGUUGAAACUUGAAAGUCAUACUUCAUCAAACGUAUGAGUCAGAAAAUAAUGUACUGUUUAAUGCCUCAGUGUAUUCGAAUAAAUAAUAUUACAACAUGAUCAAAACCAAUGAAUCGAAGAACAUUUCAUUCUCUUCUAGCCUUCCCAUUUGCUCUAUUUUCUAGUUUGCUCUCCGACAUAUAUCUUUACUUUAUGAGUAAUUCCAUACGUAUACCCCCAGUGGAAAUGUGAAAAUUUGCAUGCAUGCAUGCCAGUAAAGUUAUGUUCUACUGUCAUGUACGAUUCGUAUUCGGGCGCAUUUUAUCGAGUAAACACGAAUUCCAUUUCAUCAUCACAAGCUGAAUGAAGAGGAAUAUUGUGGCGUCAGCGAUAAUUUUUAUACGCAAGAAUACAAAUCGGACAUGUCAAAUCGCAACGUACCUAAAGCCUUUGGUAGCAACAACUCAGUCAGUUUAUUAUUUCCUAUAAAGUAAAAGAAUUUAAGUUGAUCUUUCUACUGUUCAGGUUUUCCUAGGCAACCGUGAUAGGAGCACUGUUGUUCGUCAAAGUGUUUCUCCCGUCAUUGUUACAAAAUACAUCCGCAUUCAUCCGAAGCAAUGGCAUGGGCACAUAUCCAUGAGGGUUGGUUUCCGUGGUUGUUUGAAAGGUAAUUUAUAA